AUGGACUUCCUGAGGUCUCUAGGACAUCCGGAGGAGAUCUACCACCUGGUCAGGUUCCGGCUGGGCGGCUGUCGGCUCGUGCUGUCCAAGCAGGACCGGGAGUCCAUGAGCGACAGCCUGCAGACCUGCUACAAGUACCUGAACCAGACCAGCAGGAGCUUCGCCGCCGUCAUCCAAGCCCUGGACGGAGAGCUGCGAAAUGCUGUGUGUAUCUUCUAUCUGGUGAUUCGAGCUCUGGACACCAUGGAGGACGACAUGACCAUCAGUCUGGAGACCAAAAUCCCCAUUUUGCAUAAGUUCCACACGUACCUGUACCAGGCAGACUGGAGGUUUACAGAGAGCAAGGAUAAGCAUCGUGUAGUUCUGGAGGACUUCCCCACGAUUUCCCUAGAGUUCAGAAACCUAGCGGCAGUUUACCAGAAGGUGAUUGUAGACAUCUGUCAAAAGAUGGGAGUGGUCGCGGCGGAGUUCUUGGAGAAGCAGGUGGAAUCUCUCCUGGAUUGGGAUAAGUACUGUCUCUCUGCGUCCGGAUUACCGGUGAUCGGUAUGUCCCGCCUGUUUUCUGCCUCAGGACUAGAAGACGCUAUCAUCGGCGAGAAUACAAGACUCUCUGACUCUGUGGGGCUCUUCCUGCAGAAAACAAACAUCAUCCGAGAUUACCUGGAAGACCAGCUGGAAGGAAGAGAGUUCUGGCCCAGAGAGGUGUGGAGCAAAUACAGCAAAAAACUGUCAGACUUUGCCAAGCCGGAGAACGUAGUGCCGGCUGUGCAGUGCUUGAAUGAACUGGUGACCAAUACUCUGCAGUAUGUGCCCGAUGUCCUUCUCUACCUGUCCCGGCUGAGGAACCAGAGUGUGUUUCACUUUAGUGCCAUCCCACAGGUCAUGUCUUUGGCCACCCUGGCCACCUUUUAUAACAACCCGCAGGUGUUUAAGGGAGUGGUGAAGAUCCGCAAGGGGCAGACACUGACGUUAAUGAUGAAUGCCACCAAUAUGAAGGCGGUCAGAUUCUUUAUGUACCAGUAUACUAAUGAGAUCUACCAGAAGAUCCCCUCGACAGACCCCUCUUCCGAAUGCACACAGAACAUUGUCUCCACCAUCAAGAAAUUGAGUCUAUCCAAUGGCCCUCUGGCAUCCCACCACAACUUCUCUCCUAUUUACCUGUCAUGUGUGAUACUUUUAGCCAUCCUCAGCUGGCAGUACCUGAGGACGGUCCAGGCCUCGGAGGAGGUGCACACAGGCCAGUGAUCAUCAUACCUACAUCAAUACUGCCCAACAUAUAGUAGUAACUCCUGCGCACACACCCCAAAAUUGUAGCUGGUGGUUGGGAAUAAAAAAAGAGUCUGUGAUUUGGAGUGAAAGACGGACCCUUUCACUUUUUUCACAUUUAGUUAUGUUGCGGACAUGUGCUAAAAUUUAAAAAAAAUCUAGUUUUCCUCUCAGUCUGCAAUAAAUCCCCCUUAAUGGGAAAGUGAAAACAGAAUUUUAGAAAGGUUUUUAAAUGUAUUAAAAAAUAAAUAGUAAUAUUUUGCAUGGACAUAAGUAUUGUACUAUGACAACUGAAAUUUUGCUGUGGGGAACCCCCUAAUUUCUCUUGAUCAUCUUUGA